AUGGUUACUCGUUUGACAUUUCAUCAAAAUAGAACUUAUCAAUGGUAUGAUAGAUUUGUAAUUGAAACUGAAAAAUUUGAUGCAGGAAAGGAAUUCACAGUAAUUCUAUUACCAAUCCCAAGAUUUUCAAUCCAUUUAUUUUCUUUAGAAGCUAUAUCUGAUAAAUAA